AAUGAAGAAAAGAUUAUUAAAACAAGCUGAUCUCGAUGAAGAAAAACCAGAAAUUAUAAAGCCAACAAAGUUACAAUAGGAAUCAUCUUCUGAGGAUUCAGAUUAACAAGAUGAUUAAAAGUAAAAAUAUUCAUAAUUGGAAUUUGUUGAUCAAAAUAAACAAUAAUAAGGAUAAUUAGAUCGUUUCUUAUAAAAAGGGAAAUCAACUUAAACUGUUCAACCCAAGAAAAAAGUCUAAGAAUUUCAGAUGAUUGAAGAAAAAAAAUAACACACCAUCAAAAAGGAAGAAGAAAAAAAAUGUGAGAUGUCUGAUGAUCCUGAUAGUGACUUAGAUUUUCCUACUAACUUAAACCAUCUUGCUGGUAUUACUAGAACUUCCACAACUACAACUCAAACUACUUAAGUUUUAAAAGUCACACCUCAAUCUUCAGAAGUAGAAACUUCAUAGUUUUAAUAAGAAAUAAGAAAUUAAGUUGAAUAAGAACACGUUUAAGAUGCUUAAAUUGAAAUUGAAGAAGAGUCUCAUAAUAAUAUAUUAAGUAAAUCUUUAGAAAGAUAUAAAUAUUAUGUAUUGGGAAAUUUUGAAAAAUAUUCAAGAGAAUAAAUCUAAUAGAUUAUUAAAUAUUAUGGAGGAUAAUAUAAUAGUGUUAGAGUGGUUGAUAAAUCAAUUUUAGUUUAAGGGGAUUAUCAAAAAAAUGGCAAGGAAAUAACAGAAAGUUAACAUUACAAGGAUGCUAAGAAAUACAACAAUUUGAUACUUAAUUAUUAAGAUUUUAAUAAUCAUUUAAAAUAAUAUACAGGAAAUGAUUUAUAGAAAUCUUUUUAAUUAGCAUGUUAAGAUAGUGUAUAAGAAAUAAAAGAGUAAUCUGAUCAAUUAUAAUAAUAAUCCUAAUUAUAAUUAUAAUAAAAAUCACAAUCUUCAUAAUAAUCUAAAUUACCUAUUAAUUAAUCUGUUUAAGAAGUUAAAAGUAAUCUUAGAGCUAAAUUUGACAGUGAAGUUGUAUUGGUUGAAAAAUAAGUUGAAUUAAAACCUGAAAUAGUUAAUUUCUCUAAAAAUAAAUAGAUUUAAGAAGAAUAAAAGAAAGUUCAAAAAAAUGAGUAAAUAAUGGUUGAAGAUAUAAAAUAAAAAUGUUAACUUUGGACAAAUAAAUAUGCUCCAUCUAAAGUAUCAGACUGUUUAGAUUAAACACAUGUUACUAACAUAGUUAAAUGGUUAGAUAAAUGGGGUAAAUCUUAAUUAGAAAGUAUUUUAUAUAUAUUAUAAUUUUAGUAUGUCCUGGAUCAUUCUAAUCUUAAAAUUUUGCUGCUAAAGCCCUUCUAUUAUCAGGUCCUCCUGGUAUAGGUAAAACAACUAUUAUUAGAUUAAUUGCAAAAUAAAAGUCUUACUAAUUAAUUGAAUGGAAUGCUUCUGAUGUUAGAAGUAAACUUUAAAUUGAAAAUUAUGUUAAACAUCUUUAAGAUAAUACGGUGCUUAGAUUUAAGGAUGCCAAUUUGAUUAGUGAAGGAAAGACAAUUAUCUUAAUGGAUGAAGUAGAUGGAAUGACUGGUAGUGAUAGAGGUGGGAAUAAAUGUUUAAUUGAUAUGAUUAGAUUAACAAAGGUACCUAUUGUUUGCAUUUGCAAUGAUCGAAAUAAAUAAUCUAUGAGAUCUUUGGCCAAUUAUUGUUUAGAUUUGUAAUUUAAAAAACCUAAUCAAGUAGAAAUAUUUAAGAAACUUGAAUAUAUAUGUAAAUCUGAAAAUAUUAGUUAUGAUCCUACUGAAUUAAAAUAGUAAAUAGAGGUUUCUUAAUGUGAUAUUAGAUAAUUACUAAACUUAUUAUAAAUGCAUAAAGUUGGUUUGAAAUUGCAUAUUGAUAAAAAUAUAGGAAAGGAUGGUUCGGUUACUACAAAUUUAUAUGAAUCAACAAGAAUAUUAUUGAAUUACAAGGAUUCAUAAACAUAACCUAUUCAUAAAUUAAUGGAUUUCUAUUUUUAGGAUCCAGAUAUGACUCAAUUUUUUUAUCAUGAGAACUAUUUAGAUUUAAAUAUAGUUAAAAAGACUCCCUCAAAUUCAAUUUAAAAUAUAUCUCUAGCAGCUUCAUCAUUAGCAGAUGCUGAUGUUUUGAAUACAAAAGUGCGAUCAUAAAUGUGGGGAUUAAUGCCAAAUGUAGGAUUCUUAUCAACUAUGUAUCCUACUUAAAUUUUAAAAGGAAAUCUUCUAUCAAAAGUGAAUUUUCCUUAAAUGCUUGGUAAAAUAUCAAGCGAGAAUAAAAUUAAAAGACAAAUUUUAGAAGUGAAAGAAGCAUUUGCUUAAUAAACAUAUUUAACAAAUACAAAAGCAAUUAAAUUUUAAUAUAUAGAACCAUAUGCAUUUUUUAUUAUUUAAAGCUUAGCUAGUGCUGGUUUAAAUUGUAUUGAUGAAGUUGUAUCAUUGUUAAGAACCUAUAAUUUAAAUAUUUAAUAAUUUGAAGAAUGUAUAGUUGGUUCAUUAGCAUUAUUUCCAAAAAGAGAUUUAAUGACUGAAAUAACAUCAUAAGUGAGAACAUCUCUAAAUAAAGCAAUGAAAUAAUCAAUGGAUUCAGCAGAUAGAUUGGGUAAAGAGAGAAAAGCUAUAUCAUCAACUAAUUUUGUUAAGAAAACAAAAAAUAAUGAAGAUGAUUUAAAUGAAGAAGUUAAUCAAGAAGAUGAUAUUGAUGAAGAUGAAUAAAAAUAGAAAAAGAAUAAAUAAAAAAAUAAGAAUGUUAAAUAAUAAGAGAAACCAAAAAAUAAAUAAGAAAAGUAAGUUAAUGAUAAAAAUAAAUAAAAAAAGAAGGGAAAGAAAUGA